AUGUAUACAGGAGAACUAUCCAAACAUCAUACAUCUGAAAAUUUAAAAGAAACCCUUCUAGAAGUUAUGGAGAAUUGGAAUGUGGAUGGAAAAGUGUCUGGUAUUACACACGAUAACGCGUUCAAUAUUACUAAAGCAAUAAAAAGAAUACGAGAAAAUAUAAAUGAAGGCUGUAGAAGUAUGCCAUGCGCAGUCCAUACACUACAACUAGCAGUGAACAAAGGAUUAGGAAUUGAUGAAUGUAUGGUUAUUUCCAAAAAGGCUUCAGCUAUAGUGUCUGCGUUCAAACAUUCUUAUAAAAGAACAACCGCAUUAGAGUCUCAUCUUAUAAACAAUGGCAAACCAAAAUUACGUUUAAUUCAAUGUUGUCCAACACGAUGGAAUUCCACGUUACACAUGUUUGAACGUUUAAUCGAAGUGCGGUCAGCAAUAGUUGCUGUAAUGGCAGAUCAAUUAUAUUUUACAAAAAAAAUGGCCAAAAAACUCGAGUUUUUCGAAGAUGACUGGGAAAAAUGCAGAAAUUUAAUAUCACUUUUGAAACCAUUAGAAUUAGCUACAACCGUUCUUUUUGCUGAUAAAAAAGUGACGAUAUCUAUUGUAAGGCCUAUAAUAAGUAGCUUGUUGUCAAAUAAAUUUAAAAUAAAUACUAGUGACAAUGAAUUAACUGUAAAAUUUAAAUCAAUAGUAUCAAAUGAAUUGUGUGAACGUUUUGGAUUUGAUCCUAGACAUAAAAAUCUGAACCAUGAAACUUCCGAUAAUGUUAAGCAACAUAUUCGACAAACUGUCAAAUCUCUUAUUCAAAGCUAUGAGGAAACAUCUGAAAAAGAUCAGGAUCAAAUUACCAAAAACACAACAGCUAUGGAUAUACUACUUGGGAAAGCUGACAUUUCAUAUAAUGAAUUUGAACAGUAUAUUACUGAAAUUCAAAUUAACCACAAUUUAGAUCCAUGCAUUUGGUGGAAAGAACACGAAACAAUACAGGGUGUCCCACGGAGAUCUGACAAAUGA